AUGAUGUUUCUCAUCAAUAAUAUGUUUAUUAUUCCUUAUAUUGAACACACUUACUCCUAUGCAGUGUCAUUAAAGCCUGAACUUUUUGAGGUAUUGUUAUGGGGCCUACAGAACUUCCUUCUCAAUCAGCUGACUUGGUAUGUUGUUAAUUCAAUUUUGGACUUAUAUCUGCUUACAAAUGAGCCUCACAUGUCACAUGGAAUGUUCAACUUUGACUAUAAGGGUAGUGAUUACAGGACACAGUUCAAACUUGGAAAUGGUGGCCUCCUUGGAGCUAGUUAUAUCCAGAGUGUGACCCCUCACCUGUCUUUAGGUGGGGAAGUGUUAUGGGCUGGUCAACAUCGCAAAUCUGGCCUUGGCUAUGCUGUAAGAUACAACACGGACAAAAUGGUUGAGAAGAACACACGCAGCAUAUUUAGUAACCGUUCUUUGCUGUUCAGGUGGUGCAUUGGCAAGAGUAGAAGCCAACGCUGUAAUAGGCACUAG